GCAGAGGCAGGAGCCGCGGAGCGGGCGGAGGGCGAGCGGGAGCGCUGCCGCCGCCGCCGCACCGGCUGAGGGGACACCGCCGCCAGAACAGCCGCAGGCAGGAAGAAUCAUGGAAAGGCCCCAGGCACCGUUAACCUGUGGGUGCAUCACAGGGGUCGUGAUAGGGGGUGAUGGAGUUCAAUUGAAACACCAGUUUUUACUUAAUGGGUCAACUUUUGCUUUAGAGCUGUGGAAUGCUGUGAAGACUCUGCCCUUCAGCCCUAGGCACGCUCCUCUCCGGAUUAUCUCCAUCCAAAGGAAGCUCAGAUCCAAGAGAGUUCCCAGUCUUCCAUCAUGAACCCUGUUUACAGCCCCGUCCAACCUGGGGCUCCCUAUGGAAACCCGAAGAACAUGGCAUACACAGGUUAUCCGACGGGCUAUCCCACCGCUGCUCCAGCCUACAACCCAAACAUGUAUCCAACCAGCAGCCCCGGCUACGCCCCAGCUACACUUCUGAUGAAGCAAGCCUGGCCACAGACCUCCUCCUCCUGUGCCACGGAGGGCACCUUCCACCUCCCAGUGGACACCGGCACCGAGAACAGAACUUACCAGGCUUCUUCUGCAGCAUUCAGGUACACUGCGGGGACUCCCUACAAGGUCCCACCGACCCAGAGUAACAACGCACCUCCUCCCUACUCGCCGUCUCCGAACCCGUACCAAACCGCUAUGUACCCCAUCAGAAGUGCCUAUCCACAGCAGAACCUGUACACCCAGGGAGCUUAUUAUACCCAGCCAGUGUACGCGGCACAGCCUCACGUUAUCCAUCACACCACCGUGGUUCAGCCCAACAGCAUCCCAUCGGCCAUCUACCCGGCCCCGGUCGCUGCGCCCAGGACCAACGGUGUGGCCAUGGGCAUGGUUGCUGGGACCACCAUGGCAAUGUCAGCAGGAACCUUGUUGACCACCCCACAACACACUGCCAUCGGAGCACAUCCAGUUUCCGUGCCAACGUACAGGGCUCAAGGAACCCCCACCUACAGCUAUGUACCUCCACACUGGUAAACCCACUGGCCAAUUCAUAUCCAGAGUCAAACAUUGUAUGCAACUACACAAGUCUUACAUCGGUGCUGUGGCCGCUGUCCUGCAGCACCUCGUCUGUUUGCAAGAACAAAAGAAAACCAACAAAAGUGCAAGGGUCACUUUAUGCAUUCUUUAGUGGUUUUGUAAAAGCUGCUUUUUCUAA